AUGACUGGAAAUUUUCAGCAUAUUAAGGCAUCAGUCUUAAAUGGGAACCAAAGUUUUCUACAGAAAUUGUCGGAGGAUGUGACAAUAGAAGCAGGAAUAACUGAAAAAUAAGUUAUCUGUUCCCACUCUGGGUUUAAAUUUCAGUCAUGUAUUCCCGUGUGUCACAUUUUAUCAUUUUGGCAAAUUGGACGUUUCCCAGAAUUUUAUUUUUAUAUAUUUUUUAUGUCUUCUUUCCUUCCGUUGACAUGAGCCAUUUAAUGUUAUAUAGUAAGAAGCCCCCUAUAAGCAUCUAUCUAUUUUCCAAAUGGGCAAUUUAAUCAGACGCGUAUAAUCUUUCAACGUUUUUAAGUUUCUAUUGUUUCUAUAACAGCAUGUUCCUCGGAUCAACACAUAUUUUCCAAAUUUAAGUGAUGUCAGCCUAGAGUAUGAUCGUCUGAUUGAAAGGUUUGUCACUUACGUAGCUUUAACGUUGUUUCUUGUAACUCUUUCAUCUUCGUAGUUUCCGUUGUUUUUUAAUGAUUUUACGUAUAUUAUGACGGCCGCCAUGCAUACAUUUCUUUGUCUGAAUUUGGCCAUUAUAUACGUAAUGUAUAUAAAUGGCAAGCUUACAUGCUUACAUGCUUGGAAAUCAUACAAAUCAAUCAUAUCAGACUAAAACUAAUUUAUAGUGGUGAGCUUGACGUAAAAUAUUAAAACUAACUUCUUGGUCUUUUCUUCAAGGCUCCAAAUAUUUAUAUCUAGUAACUUGGUAGGAAUGUGAGAUAUAACCGAGUUGAACUGAAAUUAUCUUUUUCCUGGAAAAAUCCUUCUAAGUUAUUUUUUCUUAGUUUUUGACCCGUCUUUUUUUUUCAGUUUUAAAAAAGAGAGGCAUAAUGUCCGGGUCAACUAUUUUUAGCUACAUAAAGUCGUUCAUUUUAUGGAAUUAAAACUAUUCAUUUACACUGGAACAAUAUCAAGUCGACAAUAUGCAUUUGUUGGAUGUCGGUGAUUAUUUCAUGAACUCUUGGGCCUUAUAAAUACUAUUUUUUCUUAAUUUUUUUUGUGUGUUUUAGUUGACUAAUUUUGUGUUCAUCUUUCGUGGUGCUACUCUUUAGGUUAAAUGUUUAUGGCUUAUACGAAGUAAAAGUUUCUGGUGAUGGGAAUUGUCAGGUAUGUAAGGUCUGUUAUGUGUAAUACAUAAUCAUUCUUAAUAUUCUGUGAAGAAAUAACUUUAAUCCUUGAAUUUUAUUGCAGUUUCGUGCCCUUUCAGAUCAAAUGUACAAAUCCCCAGAAUAUCAUAAGCACGUGCGCAAGGAAAUUGUGAAGCAGGUAUCUGAGAUAUUCUUCAGUUUCUUGACAAGUAGUGUUUUCAUGCUGAAUCGAAUUUUUUUUCAUAAUCCAUGAAGGAGAAACGUCUUGCCUUGUCAUCAGAAAAUCAUCGUUAAAAAAUGCAUGGUGAUGUACUUAUUGGAAAACUACGACUAUGAAAAUUUUUAGACAUAAUAAUCUGUAGAUUCCCUUCUUUCGGGGCGGUUUUCAUACACAUGAUUGCUUAAUUUUUUUCAAGCUUGUAUAAGCUAAAUAGGAAGACUGAAAUGAGGAUGUAUUGAUGUAAUGUGUAAACUCACGAAGUCAUUUUUAGAGACGAAUGAACUUGGUUUAUAUUCAUGUGGAUUGAUGGAAAUACCUGUCUUAAAAGCUAAUAAUAAUGGUAUAAUAGGUGUAUCGGUGCUCUGGAUAAACCGUUAAUUUUUAUGUUUUCAUGUGACAUUCUGGAAGCAUUUCACUUGUUCGGCUCCCUCAUUGUAUGUAGAUGCCUGUCACUAACCUAGAGCCUUCGUUCUUCUUUUGUGGCGCCUGGAUCAGUUCUUCCUAGAUAGCCCCGUGCCUUGAGGUGAUUGGCCGAAUAUGGUUGAGGCCUUCCAAGGGGACCCCCUAGCCUCUAUAUUAUGCUGUUUUUCCUCAGUUUUGGUGUUGUUUGGCACAUCCUGUGCAAAGAAUCAGCCUACGGUUUUGAAUUUUUGGUACGAGUUGGUAGGUCCAAAGGGCUUCUGAAUCAUCGACGAGCUUUAAUUGAUCAUUUUUGGUUGAGCAUGAGAGUUCUAGCAUUCAAUUUAACUGUAGAACAGAUGGCAACGGGACCAUAUGCCUUUCAAUUAUUGUUGACAUAUAUCAGUAUAUUAUGCCCUGUUUCACCUAUACUCAUUGUUCACGGUGCUCCCUGAAUAUUUACGAGAGCAGGAAGACUACCUUUCUUAUCUGAAUGAUUUUUUUCCCCUAAACAACUGUCCUGCUCUAAGAAUACGUUUGUUUUCAGUUUUCCUGGGACUGAUGAUAUUUUUAUGAACAAUCCAGCUCAAAGAAUGCCGAUCGUUGUACGAAGGCUAUGUUCCCAUGAAAUACAAGAAAUAUUACAAGAAGAUGGCUAAGUAGGAUGCUUCGAUUCUCUGUUUCAGCAUAAACUUGAUCUUCUCGUUCAGAUUUUUUCAUUUUUUAAAAUUUGAGAUGAUGCAUAUGCCUGAACCCAUCUGGAAACUGGUGCAGAUCUGGUGAAUGGGGCGACCAUGUUACCCUCCAAGCGGCAGCUGACAAGGUUCAUACUUAUCCAUUAUGUGUGAAUAGCUUGUCUCUCCCUGCUUGAAGUAUAUGGUUCCCUUACGCCGGACUUUCUUAUAUAGUCUCUGUGCUAAUGAGCGGAAGGAAAGUCAGAUGAUUUCUUACCGUGUUUUGUGGACCACCAGCAUGACCAUUUGAAAUGUCCUACCUCGAAUCUUGGUCUCUCGUGUUUCUAAUCCGGGAACUAAAGCAUGCUUGGAUAUCAUAGCUAUCCUUCAGCAAUCAAUGUGCUAAUUUUGGGGCAUUGAGGACGUUUCUUUAUCAGAUGUCUAUACGAUUAUUAGUUUUUGUUGAGAAUAUUUCUCAAUGCACGGCGGGACAUAGCUUCACAAUAAUCAAAGUCACACUGUAGAAAUAAUUCAUUGAUUUUUUUUUAUUAUCACCAUAACUCUUCGGGACCAAUAAUCCUCCUGGCUAAUUAAAGACACGCGAACAACUGUUCAGACGAUUUCCAUCACUCGAGUUGUCACCAAAGAAUCGGCCACCUAUGAAUAUACUACAUCCUGGGUCUUUUUAAACUGUCUCAUUCUGAAGUCAAAGAGAGGAAGGAGUAGGCACUCUGAACUCUUUUGAGCUUUUUUUUUCUCAUGGUCUCCCUAAAGUCGGACUUCGGAUUUCUUUUGGUGAUUGUCUUGAAAUCCCGCGCUCGUCGAUGAAUGAGAGAGUCCUCUGGCCUAUGUCUGUGAUUGGUACUGGAAAAUUGACCGAAAAUUGGUCAACCCAAUGGCUCCCACUUCACUGUCCAUAUUAUUUAUCAAUUUUCCUUGCAGAAAAUUUAGGACAUUAAUUUUCAGACUUCGGAUUAUUGCUCAUUUUUUAUUCACAUUUUUUGGAACCUAUGUAUUGAAUUAUUAUUUUUAUUCCAUGUGCAGUUCGGCGCAAAAAUAUGCCUUCUAACUUCAUUCCGGGACACCUGCUUUGUUGAAAUCGUUCCGCAGCAACAGACCCCCCAGCGAGGUAAGACCAAAGCCAGGGCAUAAGAUCCGGAAACAAUCCAUCCAGAAAUCUAGCAGCCAGAGGAGGUCAACGUUUAAAGUCCACGGCUAAUCGUCAAAUAUUGAUGGAACUCCAGAUCAAGGUGGAUUCCGAAUGCCCAUUUUUGGUAUUAAUAGAAUUUAUCUCAUCCAUCGCAGAGCUUUGGUUGAGCUUCUGGUCGGAAGUGCACUACAACUCAAUAUACGAGUUUAAAGGUCAGUAUUCCGUCGUGCUUUUUACCGCUUUCUCAAUACUGUUUUUUACGGUCAGAGAGAGAGAUAAUGCACCCACACGGCAGCGUUGACUCCCCCACCUUCCGUUGAUAGUAGUUCUCGCGUGCCCCUCCGCAGAUCUCCCGAUUGUGUACAAGCCCAAGAAGAAGCACUGGCUAUUCUAG